GUCCCACAACAGAUUCCACCAACAUGAGGAUAGUUCUGCUGGGUAUACCUGGAGCAGGGAAGAGUGCAACAGGAAACACCAUCCUGGGUAGAGAGGUGUUUAGAGAGGAGACUGGAGCAGGGAAGAGUGUGAUGGGGAAAAGAGUAGUGGAGGGGAGGAACAUCACUGUGAUUGACACUCCUGGGAUUUACAGCACAACACUGACUAAAGAACAAUUGAAUGAUGAAAUGAAGAGGUGCAUCUCUCUCUCUUCUCCGGGCCCCCAUGUGUUCCUUCUGGUUAUCAGGCUGGAGAGAUUCACACAGGAAGACAGGAAUGCUUUGUCGUGGAUCCAGAAAAACUUUGGCGAGGAGGCCUUGAGUUACACCAUGGUGUUAUUCACCGGAAGAGAAAAACUAACCAGGAAACAAUGGGAGGACUUUGAAAGGACUGAAACAACUAAACAACCAAUCAGUGUGUGUGGGGGAGGGCAUCAUGCCCUCAACAGUAAACCAGAGGUCCGCACCACUCAGGUCACACAGCUGCUGAGGAAGAUAGAAGAGAUGGUGGAGAGGAAUGGAGGAGGGUACUACACCAAUGAGAUAUACCAGGAGGUUCAGAGGAAACUGAGAGAGGAGGAGGAGAGAAAAAAACAGGAGAUGGAGAAAGAGAGGAGGAGAAGGGAGGAGGAGGAGAUGAGGAGAAGGGAGGAGGAGGAAAGGAGGAGAAGGGAGGAGGAGAGGAGGAGAAGGGAGGAGGAGGAGAGGAGGAGAAGGGAGGAGGAGGAGAGGAGGAGAAGGGAGGAGGAGGAGAGGAGGAGGGAGGAGGAGGAGAAAUUAGAGGAAAAGAGGAAGAUAGAGCAGAUGAUUGAGCAGAAGAGACAGGAGGAGAAACUCUUGUUAUUAGAAACUGUUAGAGUUGGGUUAGCAUUACUAGCUUUAGCAGCCUGUUUUUGGGCCAAACCAUAG